GAGUGCAUGCGUGCGUCAGAUAGUUUUCUCCGAUGGGUAAAGGUGACUAAAUACUAGUUAUCUCUUUCGCCGGCACAGUCUCGUCCUGUCGGCAGGGGAAGAGGUGAUGGACGACUCCGGCGGUGUCCAAAUGGCGAGGGCGCUGAAACACACAGCCCUGUGCCUGAUGCUGCUGCCCCGGUUCCUCCUGGCCGCCGUCAUGCUGUGGUUCCUGGAUUUCUUGUGCAUCAGGAAAAAAGUGCUUCUGAAAAUGGGAGAGAGGCAGGACGGCCAGGACGACCCGCCGGUGUGCGUCUCCGACUCUAACAAGAUGUUCACACUGGCGUCUCUGAGGGCCGUGUGGUACGGCCAGAAACUGGACUUUCUCAAAUCUGCGCACCUUGGGCACACUGCGCCCAACACCGAGGUGGUGCUGGUCCAGGAGCGGAGGCGGGUCCGGAUUCUGGACUGUAUGAAAGGGAAGAGACCGCUCAUUCUUAACUUUGGCAGCUGCUCCUGACCGCCAUUCAUGACGCGCCUGGCGGCGUUUCAGCGCGUCGUGAGCCAGUACGCAGACAUUGCGGACUUUUUAGUUGUAUAUAUCGAGGAGGCGCAUCCUUCGGACGGCUGGGUGAGCUCAGACGCGCCGUAUCAGAUCCCCAAACACCGCUGUCUGGAGGACAGGCUGAGAGCCGCUCAGCUGAUGCUCACCGAGGUGCCCGGGGGCAACGUGGUGGUGGAUAAUAUGGACAACUCGUCCAACGCCGCGUACGGAGCCUACUUUGAGCGACUUUACAUCGUGAGGGAUGAGAGAGUGGUGUACCAGGGGGGCAGAGGUCCAGAGGGAUACCGGAUCUCAGAGCUUAGGAACUGGCUGGAGCAAUACAGGAACGAUCUGGUGAAUUCCCAAACAGCGGUGCUUCAUGUGUAGUUGAUGCUGAACUGGCCGGCCUCCUCUGCCCAUUCUGCUUUAGUGUGCAACCCACCGCGCAAAAAUAUUCAGAUGCUGCUAUUAAGAUGUUCACACACGGCACAUGAUGUUGUUUCUCAUGCAUAAAAAUAUUCAGGACUCUUUGACAAAUAGCCUAAAGUCAUGUAGACGUAGGCUGUUACUGCAUUGUGCUUGUCUUUAAUUAAUUCUUUAUUUUAUUCUAUUUUAUUUUGUAUGGAAAAGUCUUGAAUCGGUUGAAACUGGAUUCAAUUGGUCGUCACUCUAUUUUUCUACAAUACAGAUGUGUGUGCGUGUGCGUGUGAGUGUGCGUGAGCGCGCGUCCCUGCUCCUAUCUCACUCCGGUGUCUCUGUGAAGUUCGGUUUUUAAAAGGCGCAUCCAGAAAACCGACACUGAUGUUCCUGACGCCGGCAGAGGGUCCAUAUUAGCAGAGCGCCUUCCUGGACGAUCGACCGUAAAACAAUGUAACGUUGAAACAAUGUAACUGAACAAAUGUUUUUAAUAAAUGUCAGAUCACGCACGGAGAAA